AUGUGGUAUCUAGAUGAUGUUAUUAUCUUUGGACGCACAUUUGACGACCACAACGAGCGUCUAGGCAUUGUGCUCAGCUGCAUACAAAAGGCUUCUCUUGUGCUCAACUCCAAGAAAUGCCAUUUCGGUGAACGCCAAGCCUUGGUGCUGGGACAUCUUGUGGACAAAGACGGCGUCAGGCCCGACCCUGCAAGGACAGAGGCUGUUGUAGCCUUUGAGCCACCUCAGUCGGUCAAAGAACUGCGCACCUUCUUGGGGCUAUGCUCCUACUUUAGGCGAUUCAUCCCUCACUUUGCUGACGUCGCUUAUCACUCGACAAGCCUCCUGCACAAGAAUGCCCCAUUCGAGUGGACGCCCGAGUGUUCAGCUUCAUUUCGGCAGCUGAAGUUCUUGCUGACGUCACAGCCGAUACUCCGGCACUUCAAUCCUACCGCGCCAACAGAGGUCCACACAGAUGCAAGUGGCGUCGGUCUUGGUGCUGUGCUGGUCCAACGCUUGGAUAACAGGGAACACGUCAUCGCCUACGCAAGUCGGUCAUUAAGUAAACCCGAGCGCAACUACACGCCUGUAGCACUUCCCAGCUCACCUUUCGAACAAGUAGGCAUCGACCUGAUCGGACCGUUUCCACGUUCAUCCAAAGGCAACCGCUGGAUCAUAGUAUGCGCCGACUACCUGACUCGCUUCUGCGAGACGGCAGCACUACCCUCUGCAACUGCUGGUGAAGUGUCGCAGUUCAUGCUGCAUUACAUAAUACUUCGUCAUGGUCCCCCACGUGUGAUACUUAGCGACCGUGGCCGUCAGUUCACGGCCGAUGUGGUUGAAGAACUUCUACGUCUGUGUGCCUCCAACCUGCGGCAUUCAACGCCUUAUCACCCUCAGACCAAUGGCUUGACUGAGCGCACCAAUAGAACACUAUCAUCGCAUGUCUCACUGACGGCACUCGCCACACAGCCAAAGAUGAGCCGAAGAAACCCGGGACCGCCCCUCGAGAGACGCCUUCACACCACGUCCAUAACGAACUCGGAUCAGCUGUCGAAGGAGCGUGGUGCGCCCGGGACUGGUGUUACGCGACCUCUAACACAGUUAACGGACCUGCUACAGCAAAUGGACCCCGACCUCUCGGAAGUUAGCGUGGAACUCAAUUAUCUCAAGGACAAGAGAUCAACAUUGUCGAGACUGGACGACGCAAUUGUUGCAGUAACAGAUCAAGACAAGCUUGGCCACGAUGUCGAAACGGCACAGGAUUAUAGCGAGAAGAUCAGGUAA